AUGGAUAGGAGUUGGAUGCAACUUCGUAAUAGAAGGUCACCUCAGUACAUUGAUGGGGUGAGGGAAUUUAUCUUGUUUGCUCGUGAUCAUAUGAAACCAGAGACAGAUAAGAUUUGGUGUCCAUGUUAUAGAUGCAACAACCAUAUUCAAAAAACCAUAGAGGAAGUUGAAAUUCAUUUGUGUGCAUAUGGGGUGGUCACGAGUUACACUAGGUGGGUGUAUCAUGGGGAAGGUUUUGAGUUGAAUGAUAAUGAUGACUCACAAAAUGAAAAUGACGAAUAUCAUGACAAUGUGACAGAGAAGUCAAAUAGUCCCAAUACCGAGGUGCGAGAAGUUAUUCAUGACAUACGAAGUGGAACAACCACAUUUGGUUAUGUGGGAGAAGCAUCUAGUAGUCGUAAUCCUGACUUACUAAGUAGUUGUGGUGGAGAAACAAAUAAAUUUGCAAGAUUAAUGAGGGAUGCGGAGCAAGAUUUGUAUCUGGAUUGCCAACGAUUCUCCAAACUAUCAUUCAUGGUUAAAUUGCUACAUCUAAAGAUAUUUAAUAGAUGGAGCAACAAAUCACUCACGAUGUUGUUGGAAUUGUUGAAGGAGGCACUUCCCAUUGGUGAAACGCUUCCAUGCUCUUACAAUGAGACUAAACAAAUAAUUCGAGAUUUGGGCCUCGACUAUCAAAAAAUGCAUGUAUGCAAGAACGAUUGCGUACUUUUUUGGAAGGAGUAUGAAAAUGAAGAUGAGUGUCCUACUUGUAAAGCGCCAAGAUACAAGGUUCGUAAAGGUAAAGGUAAAGUUAAAAAGAUCCCUCACAAGGUUCUGCGAUACUUUCCUUUAAAACCACGGCUACAAAGGCUAUUCAUAUCCAGGAAGACGGCUAUUGAUAUGAAGUGGCACAAGGAUAAACGUGUAGAGGAGUAA